GCGAGACAGACUGGCUGAGAGGAGAUAGAGAGAGGGGGAUUGAAAGACCAGCGCAGAGAACAGAAGAGGGGGUUUGGCGCGCGAUGCGUGAGCAGACAUAGCACCAGCAGAGUUUGUGCGUGACAUGAAGACGAGAUGAGCUCGAGCUGUGGCCUUGGUCGCGAGCAGCCGGUGCUGGUUCUGUCGUUAUCCCGUCGAAAUUAACAAGGUCGAAGGCUACAUGUGAUGACACGAGCCCCCCGACCGUGGCAGGGUCAGAUUGACACGGUAAUGACUCGCCCCUUUACCUGUCUGUUACCUGUUACCAUGGAGACCACUGUUUCACCAUAGAGGAGGAUAUUCCUCAACCAACCAGAGUGGAGUUCGCUUUCGACCAGAAGGAUUCAAAAGUAUUUCCCAGGAUACACUGCUUCUCACUGGCACUCAUUAUUGUUAACGUGGCAAUGGCCUUUCCUUGACCUCUGCAGCAGGAGGAGGAAGAGUUUCUUUGUGUGGUUGGUUUGGCUUGCCACCACUCCCCAAUAUGGAGAGGAACUUUACUCUUAUGAAGCGUAAUAGUUCUUGAUCAAACUGGACAUCAUCAAGACAUAUUCUUAGUUAACAAACUGACCGAUGAGAUGAUCUGGAUCAUCCUGGCCCUGCCCAUGUGGGCGUGGCGUGGGACUGUUGGCGAUUCCCAGGCUAACGAGCGGCGCGUCGUGGCACACAUCCCUGGUGACAUCAUCAUAGGAGCCCUGUUCUCUGUCCAUCACCAGCCGACAGCGGACAAGGUACACGAACGUAAAUGCGGCUCGGUGCGCGAGCAGUACGGUAUCCAGCGUGUUGAGGCCAUGCUGCACACUCUAGACCGUAUCAACGCUGACCCCCAUAUCCUCCCCAACAUCAGCCUGGGCUGUGAGAUAAGAGACUCCUGCUGGCACUCUGCUGUGGCCCUGGAGCAGAGCAUUGAGUUCAUACGAGACUCCCUGGUGUCCUCCGACGAGGCCGAGGUGGGGGGAGGCAGUGUGUGGGGGGGAGGCGGGGGAGGAGCCGACGGGAGGGGAGGGCCGAGGUGUGCGGACCAUGCUGCAACCCCCAUGCGGGGGAAGAAGCCCAUCGUCGGGCUGAUAGGACCAGGCUCCAGCUCUGUGGCCAUCCAGGUCCAGAACCUCCUACAGCUCUUCAACAUACCCCAGAUCGCCUACUCUGCUACCAGCAUGGACCUCAGUGACAAGAGUCUGUAUAAGUACUUUAUGAGGGUGGUGCCAUCAGAUGCUCAGCAGGCCAGAGCCAUGGUGGACAUUGUCAAGAGAUACAACUGGAGCUACGUCUCUGCCAUCCACACCGAGGGCUUUCUGUCUCUGUGUUGUGAAUACGAGGAUUUAGGAGUGUUUCUGUAA